GUUGGCGUAGCACUGGCUGGAGCCUGGAGCCCCUCCCCCUCUCUCUCUCUCUCUCUCUCUGAGACCGAGACCCAAAGAAAGAAAGAAAGAAAGAAAGAGGCAAGCAGAUAAGAGCAGCAAUUGGGUGGGGGGUUUACGAGUAGGUCAAUAUUCCGGGGAAGUCGAAGAAGAAGAAACCAAUGGGCGACAAUCUAUUUCAGGGUUUGCCGCCUCCUAGACGACGUCCUUCGCCUGAACCCCCCCAAAAACACCACUCUUCUCAAACCACCAACAAUCAAUCAUCUCCCAAUCCGCCGCUUCCGCCUGUGCUCAAGAGCGCGCUCAAACGCUCCAAGCUUCCCGAUUCCCAACCUCAAGCUGCUUCAACUGAAAAACGAUUAAGAUUUAAAAUGACAACUGACGCCUCAGAAGCACAAGUUAUAGAGGCUAUGCAAAAGAUAGCAUCACAUAUAAAGAAUCCUUCCAAGUUUGGUAAAGCAUCAAAAUUGGCUAUACAACUGAUUCAAGCUGGUAGCGUUAAGCCUGGAACAAGUGAAUACUUCUUUGCCAUUCUGGAAUCUGCAAUGGCAUCCCCAACAGCUUGUAAUGAUACUUCAGUAAGAGCAGAUUAUCAUGUAUUGUUCUCAGCAGCACAGGAUGCAGUUGAAUCUUUUAGCAAGAGGCAGAGAAAUCAAUUCAAUUCAUGGAUGAUCAGGGCAGUGGUGGCAAAUGAUCUAUUCACAGAUGACAGCUUUGUGGGAUAUAUGAGCUUUACAUUGUCCACUCUUCUAUUCAGAGAGUGGCCAUUCUUCAGUAGAGAGAUGAAGUUUUCAAAAGCAACUGGACGGAUUAAAGAAGCUAUACUAGACCUUCCUGUCACUACAAAGGAUGAAGACACAGAAGAAGCUGCAGCCCUGGAGGAUGAGACAGAGAGGACCCGUAUGGAUGAUGGGACGAAGCAAGGUGCGCCACCAGUUGCUACAUCUGAGGGAAAUGAUGAUAAAGAUGAUUCAGAUCCAUUCGGCCUUGAUGCUUUGAUUCCAAACAAAAUUAAAAAAGAUGAAAAAACAAAGGGAAAGAAGGAGGUGGCAACUGCUGCUGAGGAGGAAGAGGAGGAGGAGAGCAAGAGAUAUCUGAAAUCACAGAGAGAGGCGUUGAUUCUUUGCUUGGAGAUUGCAGCCCGGCGUUAUAAAACCCCAUGGUGCCAAACAGCCAUAGAUAUCCUAGUAAAGCAGGCAUUCGACAACAUAUCGAGGUUCACCUGUAAACAAAGGGAUGCCAUAGAGAAACUCUGGGCUUCCAUAAGGGAACAGCAAGCCCGGAGGAAGCAUGGGAAGUCGGUAUCUGGGAAACUGGACGUGAAUGCAUUCGAAUGGCUUCAGCAGAAGUAUGCGAGCGAGAAGAUCAGCAUCCGGCAUUCUGUUGGAGGUGGUGGAGACCGGCGUGCUGAACAGUGGCUUGGUUAAUACUUGUAAGCUUCUUUUCAUAACAGCAGCAAGAAGCAAGCAGUUGUAAUGAAAAUUUAUACAGGCAAGAGAAGGGUAAGAAGAUGUUGGGUUUCUUUACAUUUGAAUUAAUGGAGCAGUCUAGUCGAGGGUUGUUGUUUGUU